AAAGGGCAACGGCAAAAUUGUGAUUUGGGUGUAAAUAUAGCAUUUUUUGAUUUUGAAAAACAACUUCCUUUUCCCUCUGCCUUCACUGUCUACUUGCUUACUUACAGACUCAAGAUCCCUUUAGGUUAAUCGGUUUUUCGACGUCGUAUUAAAGAAUGGAUAAGGGUAAAUGUGAAGAAGCCAAAGAAUGUGGUUUCAACUGUGAGCAUGAAAUUGCUAACCAUGUAGGGAAAGAAUCAACUUUUGUUUAUCCGUCUCCUCGGAAACCAGGAAUUGUUGAAAACCCGAGUUUGGGAACUGAGUUUUCUUUACAAACUCCUGAGAAGAUUAGUGUGGCUUUAAAUAUGAAAUCUGAAGAGGGGGAAUUUGAACUUCUAGAAAGACACAAGGGCAUUGUAGAACUGUUUGAUGGUAUAAAUUGUUCAUUGCGGUUGCUUGGUCUGCGUAAAAUGUCACCAAUUUUCCAGAAUAUUCAUCGCCAGGUGGAAGUGUUGACUGGAAGGAAAUUUUCCUAUAAGCAUCUUGCACAGCUAAAGUAUUUACUUCCCGAAGCUAUACAGAUAGAUAAGAUUCUUGUACAUGACAAGGAAACCCUGUGUAUGAAGGCAGAUAUGAAAAUCAUGUUGCUGUCAGAGGUCGUUGAAGGUCAUCAUGAACAAUCUGAUUAUAUUGCUCUGCAUCAACUAUUUACUUCUAGACUUAGUAAUUACUUUAUCGCACAUCCUGAGGCUUGUGACAUUCCAAAGGCCAUGUUGCCAAAUCCAUUUGACUACAGCAAAGAGUCUGUUUUAGGGGACAAGGUUGGUGGCAUGCCAGAUGUCAUGUCUCCUGAGCUCUUGAGCCAAUUGAGUGAGACCACUCCUCCAGAGCAGUUGCCUCCAAAUGUUUCAGUAGAAGAUCUAUCAACUACAACUGAAAGUAAAUUGUUGUCCAAGUCAUCACAUUUGCAUCCAUCUUUCAGUAGACACUUCUCGGAGAAGGUUGUUUCAGAAGAGAGGACCAAACUCUUAGCCUGUCCAGCUCCUUUGUCAUAUGCUGUUUCUUGUGAUUUGAAGAAUGAAGAUUUUAAAAUUGCGAAGACCAAUGAUUUUAUUGAUGCGAGUACUGAAUUUGAUAGUGGAACCAAUAUGGACUCCAAUAAUGAUCAAGCAAAAGAAUGUUCAAGCACAACAACCAAAACCUCCAAUGCCAUUGAUCCUUUGCCUACUCAGCUGAUUACUCCUGCAUUAUAUGCUGAUUUGAAUGCUUGUGCAAGCCCUCUUUGCAAGCUUGAGUCAUCUGCCAAAGAUUUCGUAAUUCAAACUCCUGUACAAUCAACUCCGAGAAGAGGAAUACCCGGUAGUGAUGAUAACAAUAAGACCAUUGUCAGCCAAAAGCAGCAGUCGUCUUCUAAGGCUGCAAAGAGGUCUUUAGACUUCUCAUUCUUGGAAGGUGAUGAGCCAGAGUCCCUCGAAGCUCUACCAGACAACAUCCCUCAAGCUGUAGAUUGUUCUUCUGCAGUACUUCCGAAGGUUGAUGAAGAAAGUAGAAUCUGUCGAUCAGAUCUAAUGCUCAAGGAGAUAUCGAAUUACUUGCCUGGCCUAGUUUCUUUGAUUCACAACAUAUUCCAUUCUGUUAACUACUCUUCAAUCACAAAGGAGGAACUUGUGUACAAGAUAAUUGUAAAUAGUUUGGACUUUGAUGAAAGAAGGCAGGUUGAAGAACAGAUUGAGACUCUUGAAAAGCAGGUUCCUGACUGGAUUUGCAAGAAGCUUGCACCUAGUGGAGAUAUUUUGUACAGCAUCAAGAAAAUGCCGGAUUUGAACUCUGUACAGUCCAGGGUUACCAGCAUAUAUAAUUGCUAGAUGAAGCAGAUAUAUUGACCUCAAUUCCGUGCAUCAAUUGGUUAUAGAUCAAUGUGUAAGAAGCGGAUAUGUGUUUGCCUCCCCUAUACCUGACUGCGGUUUGGAAUCGGAACCAAUCUGGAAUAAAUUGGAGUUUGGAAGCACAAUUGUGAUCAGGAACGACUGGUUUGGUUUCUUACGAACUGGGGUCACCCGUUUGGUAAAUUUUUCAAGGGAGAAGAACUUAAUUUAGAGUAGGAAAUUAUUGUAUUCUGAACACCAUUUUCUGAUGCCUUACAAAAGAAAACAAAAAUCAAGACUAAAACUAUCUUAACUGAUUUCUAUUUUAAUCUAGCAAUUUACAUUAGUGA